CUGGAAAAAUGGCACCAAAAUCUUCCGGAGAAUCCAGAAACACACAACAACAGCUGCUUCUGCUCGUCUCUCCUUUCCUGACCUCUGACCUAUGAUGUCAUUUCUACAUCCGGGAACUUCACUUGUAAGAAGAGAAAAUGGCGGACGGUCGGGAUGACGUCUGGAGGACUUUACGAGAACAACAUGUGACUGCACUGACCACCCUGACCAAUGUGGCCGCAGAAGCACCUUAUGUACCUUUUGCAGCUUUCAGCGAUGGGGACCUUAAGAUGGACAGUUCUGCAGGUCCCAGCCCAACCGGUGCUGGAGGGGGCUUUCUCUACCAACGGAGUAACAGUACCCACACUUCUGAGUCUUCAGUGCCAAAUACAGCGUUUGGUGAAACAGAUUUCAAGGCAGGUGACUUCGAGCAGCGGCCGUAUCGGCAGAACAGUUUUUCCAGCAGGGCGUCGACCGCUUCGGAAGGUUCCUCAGUUCCCAACACAGAUGAUGAGGACAGCGAUGCGCACCACAGCGCGUCCAGCUACAAGGAAAGGCGACGGAACGCGCACACGGCCGCGGAACAAAAGAGAAGAGAUGCGAUAAAGAAAGGGUAUGAUGAACUGCAGCAGAUGGUGCCCACAUGCCAAACACAAGACCAGAUCGGCUCACAGAAACUGAGCAAGGCCACCGUUCUUCAGAGAUCCAUUGACUACAUCAGCUUUCUGGUGCAGCAGAAGAAGAAACAGGAAGAUGAGUUGGACGCACUCAGGAAGGACGUCAUGGCUCUCAAAAUCAUGAAGGGGAAUUAUGAGGAGAUAGUAGAAGCCCAUCAGAACACGCCGACCCAAGGCCAGAACCAGGUGUCAGACGAGGUCAAGUUCAAUGUGUUCCGCUCGGUGAUGGACCACCAGUUCCAGUCCUUUAACCAGUCCAUCUCUGUGGCCAGCUUUGCGGAGCUGUCGGCCUGUGUCUUCAGUUGGUUGGAAGAACACUGCAAACCUCAGACAUUACGAGAACUUAUGCUGGGGGUUUUGAGACAAGUCAACAACCAGCUCUUUUAGCAGUUCCUGGGUCUACAAGGAUAUAUGGGGAAAAUAUAUGGAAAGACCAGAAGUGAUUUGUUUUUCACAACAUUUAUUUAUGUCUUGUCAUAUUGUGCACCAGAUGCAAUUUUGCUCUUUUCAUAAAUUUAGUUUAUUAUCCGUACUGCUUUACAGCUGUAUGUAACAAAUACUAGUCAAAUUUGAUACAUUUCUACUUGACAAAAACUGUUAACUUGGAUUUCUCUAUUACUGAAGCAGUUUGAAUUAACAAGGACACAGCAAGUCCUUUUGGCCUGCUUGCUGUCUGCUUCCCAUAUACAUGUAGUUCACAAGCCAUAUUUGUAUUAUAUUUUCUAUUGUACAUAGGUUUGAUAUGAGAAGUAUUGUAAAUAUUGCUCUUCAGUAUGCAUUGUUUCAUUGAUGACCUUUACUGCCAUGGCACAUUAGAUAAUUUCUAAUAUGCCAGUAGUGUAGUUCUUAAGGAAUGUGAAAAUGCAUUUGUACAUUUAUAAGACAUCACCAAAAUCUUGAAAACAGUGCAGCAUCCUAGGAUGAUAAUGAAUUUCAAACUUGGACAUAAGCAGCAUUAUUUUGUACUCUUAGUAAUCUGUAUUUCAAUUUGACACCAGUGGAUUAAUAUAAUGAAAGCUAUGGCAGUUUUGUAAAGAUCAUACUGAUAUUUGACAUUUUUUGUUUUGUUUUGAACAAUUAAUUGCAGAACAGUAAUACUAUAUCAUGUAUAUGAAACAGAUUGGGUCAUUAUUCAUAUUGUUGUAUUGAAUAUUGUAUAAUGACUUGUGAAUAAAACAAUAGCCAUUUUUUU